AUGAAAACCACCAGAAAAUGUAGAGCCAUGCUGGCGGUGAGCUUAAACUUGUUGGCUCUCUUUUUCUCCACAACUGCUUUCAUUACUACAUACUGGUGUGAGGGAACACAGAAAGUGCCCAAACCAAACUGUGACAAGGAGAUUAAAUUAAACUGCAUCAACUUUAACGGCACCGGCGGCAACGUGAACAGCACCACAUCCAACCAGGUCCAUUACAGCUGGGAUACUGGAGACGACAAAUUCCUGUUCCGCUACUUCCACACGGGCAUUUGGUAUUCCUGUGAAGAAAAUAUAAAUGGUAUCGGUGAAAAGUGCCGGAAUUUUAUUGAUCUGGCUCCUGCGUCUGAGAGAAGUGUUCUUUGGUUGUCGGUCAUCUCUGAAGUUUUAUAUAUCGUGCUUUUAGUUGUUGGUUUCAGCCUGAUGUGUCUGGAGCUCUUUCAUUCAAGUAAUGUGAUUGAUGGCCUCAAACUGAAUGCAUUUGCUGCAGUCUUCACUGUGCUUUCAGGACUGCUAGGAAUGGUGGCUCACGUGAUGUAUACACAGGUGUUCCAGGUGACAGUCAGCCUUGGACCUGAGGACUGGAGACCACACUCCUGGGACUACGGCUGGUCAUUCUGUCUCGCAUGGGGCUCGUUUACUUGUUGCAUGGCAGCCUCUGUCACCACACUGAACUCAUAUACUAAAACAGUCAUCGAGUUCCGGCACAAGCGGAAACUCUUUGAGCAAAGCCUCAGAGAAGAGCAGAUGUUCAUCGAUCGUGAGGCUAUCAACUAUUUCCGAGAAAGAUCGAUUCAGUCAAUAUCUAGUUCAGUUGAAGUCUUUGAAGAUCCUACCACAAGCACAGCAAAAUCACUGAUGCCAGAAACAUCAUUGGACUUGAGUGAAAUCCCGGAAGUAUUAGGCGAGGACCAAUGUUAA